CAAUGCUAUCGUCAGCUCGUUUUCGUCACGUAAGGGGUCGUGCGGGAUGGUGAGUCGGAGUGCUUUAUCGUGGCCCAAUGAGGGCGAGAACGAGGUGCGGAGCGGAGGCCGCAAAGUGCUUCCGCUUCCGACUUUCGCACGGGUAUUUAUAUCGCCGUGACGGUGGCCUGUGAUGGAUAUAGGCAUUGUCUCGGUACUACGCCGCGUUUUUUGGCCAUGUUUUUGCGGCGCUUUGUUGGCUCGAUCGCGGGUGCUACGCUGCUGUGCGCGCCCGCUGCCGCUGCAGACACGACCGCAAACUGCAACCCGGCAACUUUCAUGAACAUCUCCCUCCCCGGCGGCGCCGUCCUCGACACCAUCGCAGACCCGAUCUACAACCUGCCCACCGUCCCUACGGAAAACGCCCUGGUGCCUCCGCUGCCCUCGCCCCCGGAAACAAUCUCCUUCUGCAACGUCACGGUCCUGUACACGCACCCCGGCCAAAACGACACCAUCACCGUGACGAUCUGGCUGCCGCUCGAAGGAUGGAAUUCGCGCCUCAUCGGCGUCGGCGGCGGCGGCUUCCUCACCCGCCUCUUGGACGACGCCCUCGGCAGCGCCCUGCAGCACAACUACAGCGUCGUAGCCACCGACGGCGGGCACGCCCUUGACGCGGACCCCGCACCGUGGGCCCUCACGAGCCCCGGCAACGUCAACUGGGCACUGCUGCAAGACUUUGCCGCCGUGUCGCUCGGCGACGCCGCCGUCCUCGGCAAAGCCGUCUCCGAAGCUUACUACGCGCAAAAGCCCGCGUACUCGUACUUUUCAGGCUGCUCGACCGGCGGCAGACAGGGCAUCAUGCUCGCCCAGCGCUACCCCUCGGCCUACGACGGCAUCCUGGCCGGCGCGCCUGCCGUCCACAUGGCCACGCUCGUGCCCGCAAUGUUCUACCCCGUGACGCUGAUGCACGACCUGGGCACCGCGCCGCCCCAGUGCGUGCUCGACGCCAUCACCGCCGCCGCGGUCGCGGCCUGCGACGGCCUGGACGGGACCGCCGACGGCAUCAUCGCCGGCCCCUGCGACUUUGAUGCGCACGACGUCGUCGGCCAGCACGUCGCGUGCGGCGCCUUCAACGCCACUGUCACUGCCGCUGCAGCAGAGGUGGCCAACGCCGUCUGGGCCGGCGCCAAGGCAGAGGACGCCUCACCCCUCUGGUAUGGCCUCAACCGCGGGGCGCCCCUGUCGGGCAUCGCAAACACGACGUGCGACGCCUCUGGCACCGCCUGCGCGCCCGUCCCCUUCAACGUCGCAGAAGGCUGGCUGCGCUACUUUGUGCUGCGCGACCCCUCGUCGCAGCCUCUAAACCUGACGCGCAACGACCUCGCGCCCCUCAUCCGCGCCAGCAACAACGUCUACGCCAGCGUCAUCAGCGCCGCCGACCCCGACCUUACCGACUUCAAGGCCGCGGGGGGGAAGCUGCUGUCCUGGCACGGCAUGGACGACCAGCUGAUCCCCGUGCGGGGGAGCGAGGUCUAUUACCGCGAUGUGCUGGAGCGGGAUGCUGGGGCUGCGGCGUAUUUUCGUCUUUUCGAGGUCCCGGGUGUGUGGCAUUGUCAUGGUGGCAAGGGGCCGCUGCCGCUGGAGGCGUUUGAUCGGCUGGUGGGGUGGGUGGAGCGGGGGGAGGUGCCCGAGGUGUUGAGGGGGGUGACGAGGGAUGAGAGGACGAAUGCAUCGAGGGUGUGGGAGCUACCGGCUUGGGGGCUGGAUGGGGGAGACGGCGAUGAUGAUUAUGAAGGGAAAAGGAGGGAAGGAGUGCGUGUUCUUGCAUAGGGGAUUUCGUUUGCGGGGGAUGGAUGAAAUGUUAAAGCGAGGCAGUGUAGUAGGUAAUGAACUAAUAGCGUACAAAAACACACCGUUUCUGUCUAGGUUCCU